CUGCUCUCUCUCCCAAACUUGAAUCCUUCCACCAAACACAUAAUCCAUGGAGAUCAAUCUUAAACACAAUAUUGCAGAGCUUGAGCGCGAGCUAUCAAGGCAAAAAGAUAGAGACAAUCAUCCCGACUCACAAUAUUCAGAGGUCUCGAAGUUUGUUGCAAACCAGGAAGUCGAAAAUCACAAGGCAAUCUCUCUCGUACUCAACAAAAUGGUGAUCAGGCUUGAGGAAGACUGCAAAAGCCUCAGAAAGAGAGAGCUAAGUGAUCGAGAAACAAUAAAGGGUUUGAUGGAAAAACUCGAGAAGAACGAUAGAGAUUUUAAGGGAAAGCUCUUGGAAAUGGAGCUGGGAAAAAAGAAAUUAGAGGAUGAGGCUCUUCAGUGGAAGAACAAACUAGAAGCUCGGGUAUCAAAAAUUGUUGGUGAGAGGAAAGAGAGGGAGCUUAAAGAGAAACUUGUGAAGCUUGCAGAGGAGAAUAGAGACCUCAAGGCUCGGGCAUUGAAGGUUUCUGAAGAAAAUUGCAGUUCCAAGGUAAAAAGGAAUGUAGAGGAAAAAACCCAUUGCAAUGAGAAUGAAAGGGUGCAUACAAGUGAGGUUGAUGAGGAAAAUGAGAUUCCUCUUAGAAGUUUUACCAAGAAGAGAUCACUUGCAGAGGCUUGGGAGGGAGAUAAGAAGGAUUCCCAUUCUUUAAGGAGAAGUUCGGUUCCUGCGAAAAGGAGGGCACAUGGAAUCAGUCAAGGAGCAAUCAAAGUAGAAGAAGUAAGGGAGGAGGUCUGCCGAAAUUUUCAGGAAAGUAAUGAAGGCGUUAAGUUGAGGGAAAAGUUUAAAAAGGCAGAUUUGAGUUGCUCAUUGACAAAAGGAAAUCAACAUUCUGCUGGCUGUGGUUGCGAAAAUGAUGGCUGUACUAGUAUGGAAAAUUAUCAGAACGAGAAGAAAUUGGUUUCACAAAUUGUCUCUGUGGGAACUAAUAAUGCCUAUCAAAUAUUUCGAGUUCUAUUUCUUCUAUGUUCGUCACUGAAAACAAGCUUGAAUAGUGAAGUGCUUAAGCAUUUGUAUCAGGUUGCCGAUAAAGGAACUAAAAGUCACAAUCAAAGGAACUCUAACAGCAAACAAAAAUCUCGGGCAUAUACUGCACGAACUCCAUCCCGUGAGCAACUUGAACAUGCAAAAAAAAGAGCAGAGAUAUUCCUGAGAAAUUUGAAAUCUUGCAAACCACUGUUGAUUAAAUCAAUGGGCUGGUCGUACAUCUCCGGUCCCUUUUGGUUUAGUAUGCCUAGAACAUUCUGCAAGGAGAACCUCCCACCUCAUGACACAAAAAUGAUAUUAGAAGAUGAGAGAAGUUUGGAGUAUGAGGUGAAGUAUAUUGCUCGUAGGUUUGCUCUUAGUGGUGGGUGGCGAGGUUUUGCUAUGGCGCAUAACUUGGAGUUUGGCGAUGCCUUAAUAUUUGAAUUAUGCAAUCCAGCAAGAUUUAAGGUUUAUAUCAUAAGAGCAAUUCCAAAGGAGCCGUGCAACGAUUUUGAUCAAAAGAUUGCUAGUGGAGAUAUUGAUGUUGACGAAUUGGCGAAUGCAAUUAGUAUUGAAAAUCAAGAUAUAGAUCUCUCUGACAUUCAAAAAAUCUCCAAAAGCUGGAAGUAG